AACUUAUGUCUGUAUGAAACACUACCGUUCCGGAAGUUGGAACGUUAAAAAAAGACAGAUGGCCAUCUUCUUGAAGAUAGACAGAGUGAUACGUCUGAGCACAUAACGAAAGGCACUUCAUAUCAGUAGAGUUCCAGUAGACAUCGUGCCAGGAUGGGUUCCGUUGUCCAAUGCAUUAUGGAAGAAAGCAGCAGAAUAUGGAAACUACGAGAUUUGAGAACGGACGGCUGGCCGCUGACACAUUCGCCGAUGACUCCAGUGCUCAUGUCUCUUUCCUAUCUUUUUAUGGUCAAAAUUUGGGGUCCGAAGUUGAUGGAAAGUCGGAAGCCUUUCCAAUUGCGAGGUGUACUAAUUAUCUACAAUGCAUUUCAAAUCGUUUUCAAUGGUUGGAUGUUUUGGGAAAGUAACCGAGUGACGUGGUUCAACGGCUAUAGCAUCAUCUGUCAACCUGUGGAUUACUCACUAAACGAAGAUGCCCUUCGCAUAAUCUUUAUCGGCUAUUGCCUUUACAUCUCCAAGUUGAUUGAUUUUCUUGAUACGCUGUUUUUCAUCUUACGUAAAAAGGACAAUCAGAUCACUUUCCUUCACGUCUUUCACCACAGCUUUACGCCGCUCUCCGUAUGGCUUUGCUUCCGAUUCAUUGCCGGUGGACAGAGCUGUUUCUUUCUGACGUGCAAUACGUUGGUACACGUUGUAAUGUACUUCUAUUACAUGAUGGCGGCGAUGGGUCCGCGGUUUCAAAAGUACCUGUGGUGGAAAAAAUACCUCACCGUUUUUCAAAUGGUUCAAUUCGUCUUGGUUGGUUUUCAUAGCAUACAAUUACUUUUCAUUGACUGUGACUAUCCUAAAGCCUAUUCUUGGGGCACUGCGAUACAAGCCGUUAUGUAUUUCUUUCUCUUCAAAAAUUAUCACACCGGAGCAUACAGCAAGCGCCCAACGGAAAUUUCUGGAUCGUCCCGUAUUAUUGUCAAAAAACAUUUGUAAUGUAUGUUUCGUGAAUAAAUAGUUCCUAUACACAUUGUUAUUUAUAGGGCAGCAGUAAAAAGUUCAAAAGAAAAGUUGCGAGCCUGCUGAACUUCAUCAGAGCCCUUACUCUAGCUGCUCCCCCUGCCCACUAGUAGGCUAUUGAUUCUACGGAUGCCUAAGGAAUGACUAAGUAGGUUAUUCUUAUGUAUUUUUGAAAUAAUGCAUUGCAUUUCGGAAAAGAGUUGUGGGAAUUGAAUUGGGUCAUUGUUUCAUAAUUAGUUGCCUGCCCUCUUUUCCAGCAGAUUGCUAUGGUCUUUGUCUGUUGGUUAAGCGCAAGCCUAACGCACCUACGAGCUGCCGGUUCUCGAAUCUAACAAGUUAACAGGUUCCAAUCUUGAUGGUAUAGUGAAUACACUGAUUUUUACAUUU